AAAGUGUUCAAGUUAAAAAGUGAUAAAAGAUGAGGUCACGGAAGGUGAUUCAACGAUCAAAGAGUAUUUUGGGAUCAACUAUAGUAGAAUGGAUAGGAGAAUUAAGAUGGAAUCACCAACAAUCAGCAGUUGUUUUUUUGGAGGUGGAGGUCUGACAGUAUCAUCCAGGUCGAAGGGAAAUUAUUUUCGAAAUGUUCAGUUAAAUGACUACAGUUGAAGUAAUUGAAUGCUCGAAAGCAGGGUGAGUACAUUUAAUGACCCCUGGAGAUCGUCAGAUAUAAAUAUUUUCCCAGUUCAUCUAUGAAGAGUUUACAAUCGCAACCAGUUCUUGCUCUAACAUGAUGAAGAAAGCUAAUCACAUACAUAUGAUGAAAUAAUUACAAGGAGGCAUAAAAAAGUUCAUUAAUCUUAAAUGAUCAACAGAAAUGUUUUGAUAAUUUCCAUAUCCCACCCUUUGAACCACCUUAAAGAUUAAUUUGCUAUUAGUCACUAGAAGUAAAGUGAAGUAACAAAAUCCUGAUGAGUGAAUGAAUAAAAUAAAAAGUUUUGCUUUCCCAUGACGAACAUCCCAACUCGAUCUAUUUUAAUAUUAAUGAUAAAUGAGCAAUUAAUUUGAUGACAUGCAACAGUACAAAGAUGUGUUAAAUUGUGUCAAUGUGAGUCACAACAAAAGGAAUAAUUUCAUAAGAUUGAUGGACAAGUUUAAAAUUGAAAUGUUGGCGAUGACAUGACUUGAAUAACUAAAACUUCUGACAAAAAAAAAUCUUUUAUGAGUCAACUCAUUUGUGCAUAAAUUGGUUCAUAAUUUUACAUCUUUAAAUUCUCCCUCGGAAUUAUGCAAUAAUUUCAGCUUUUGUCCGUG